AUGACUGACUUCACCCAGAACACUGGCGCUGUGCCGCCCAACCACCUCGGCACGUCCGUCCCCAGUGGCCACCUGGAUGAGAAGAAGGAGUAUGGCACCGAGCAGCCUGCUGCCCUGCCUCCCAAGACCGAUCACGAGGAAGACGAGGAGGAUGAGGACAUGGAUGCCCUGAUUGAAGAGCUUGAAUCCGAAGAUGCCGCCAUUGACUACGAGGAGGAGGAGGUCGCUCAGCCCGGCGGUGCGCGCGUCGUCCCUGAGGAGCUUCUCCAGACGGACACACGCAUCGGUCUCACCGAUGCUGAGGUCGUGGCCCGCCGGAAGAAGUACGGUCUCAAUCAGAUGAAGGAGGAGAAGGAGAACCUGAUUCUCAAGUUCCUCAUGUACUUUGUUGGUCCCAUUCAGUUCGUCAUGGAGGCUGCUGCCGUCCUCGCUGCCGGUCUUGAGGACUGGGUCGAUUUUGGUGUCAUCUGCGCCCUGCUCUUGCUCAAUGCCUGCGUUGGUUUCGUUCAGGAAUUCCAGGCCGGUUCCAUCGUCGAGGAACUGAAGAAGACCCUUGCUCUCAAGGCUACUGUUCUCCGUAACGGCGCCCUCACCGAGGUUGAGGCUCCCGAAGUCGUCCCUGGUGAUAUUCUCCAGGUCGAAGAAGGUACCAUCAUUCCCGCCGACGGCCGCAUCGUCACCGAAGAUGCUUUCCUCCAGGUCGAUCAGUCCGCCAUCACUGGUGAGUCGCUCGCCGUCGACAAGCACAAGGGUGACGUCUGCUAUGCCUCUUCCGCUGUCAAGCGUGGUGAGGCUUUCAUCGUCAUCACUGCCACCGGUGACUCCACCUUCGUCGGUCGUGCUGCCUCCCUCGUCGCCAGCGCCUCCUCCGGCACCGGUCACUUCACAGAGGUUCUCAAUGGUAUCGGUACGGUUCUCCUCAUCUUGGUCAUCCUCACCCUUCUCGUCGUCUGGGUCAGCUCCUUCUACCGCUCCAACGGCAUCGUCCACAUCCUCGAGUUCACCCUGGCCAUCACCAUCAUUGGUGUCCCCGUCGGUCUCCCCGCUGUCGUCACCACCACCAUGGCCGUCGGUGCCGCCUACCUCGCCAAGAAGCAGGCCAUCGUCCAGAAGCUCAGCGCCAUCGAGUCUCUUGCUGGUGUCGAGAUUCUGUGCUCUGACAAGACCGGUACCCUUACCAAGAACAAGCUGUCCCUCUCCGAGCCCUACACCGUCGCCGGCGUCGAGCCCGAGGACCUCAUGCUCACUGCCUGCUUGGCCGCUUCCCGUAAGAAGAAGGGUAUUGAUGCCAUCGAUAAGGCUUUCCUGAAGGCGCUCAAGUACUAUCCCCGUGCCAAGUCGGUCCUCAGCAAGUACAAGGUCCUUGAGUUCCACCCCUUCGAUCCCGUCUCCAAGAAGGUCCAGGCCGUUGUCGAGUCCCCCCAGGGCGAGCGCAUCAUCUGCGUCAAGGGCGCCCCGCUUUUCGUUCUUAAGACUGUCGAGGAGGAUCACCCCAUCCCCGAGGCCAUCGAUGAGGCCUACAAGAACAAGGUCGCCGAGUUCGCCACCCGUGGUUUCCGCUCUCUUGGUGUCGCUCGCAAGCGUGGUGACAACUCCUGGGAAAUCCUUGGUAUCAUGCCUUGCUCUGACCCUCCUCGUCACGAUACCGCCCGCACCAUCAACGAGGCAAAGACUCUCGGUUUGUCCAUCAAGAUGUUGACUGGUGAUGCCGUCGGUAUUGCCAGGGAGACUUCUCGUCAGCUCGGUCUCGGUACCAACGUCUACAACGCUGAGCGCCUUGGUCUUGGUGGUGGCGGUGAGAUGCCCGGUUCUGAGGUCUACGAUUUCGUCGAGGCUGCCGACGGUUUCGCCGAGGUUUUCCCGCAACACAAGUACAAUGUCGUCGAAAUCCUGCAGCAGCGUGGCUACCUCGUUGCUAUGACUGGUGACGGUGUCAACGAUGCUCCUUCGCUGAAGAAGGCUGAUACGGGUAUUGCCGUCGAGGGCGCCUCCGAUGCCGCUCGCUCUGCCGCCGAUAUUGUUUUCCUUGCUCCUGGUCUCUCCGCCAUUAUCGAUGCGCUCAAGACCUCGCGCCAGAUUUUCCACCGCAUGUACGCCUACGUCGUCUACCGUAUCGCCCUGUCUCUUCACUUGGAAAUCUUCUUGGGUCUCUGGAUCGCCAUCCUGAACACUUCGCUCAAUCUCGAGUUGGUCGUCUUCAUCGCCAUCUUCGCUGAUAUCGCUACCCUCGCCAUCGCCUACGACAACGCGCCUUUCAGCAAGACGCCCGUCAAGUGGAACCUGCCCAAGCUCUGGGGUAUGUCCGUCCUCCUCGGUGUCGUCCUCGCUGUCGGUACCUGGAUCACCCUCACGACCAUGUUCCCCUACCAGGAUCUUCCCAACGCCGCCGGCCAGGGUGUCAGCGGUGGUAUCGUCCAGAACUUUGGUGUCCGUGACGAGGUUCUCUUCCUCGAGAUCUCCCUGACGGAGAACUGGCUGAUUUUCAUCACCCGUGCCAACGGUCCCUUCUGGUCCUCGAUCCCGUCGUGGCAGCUCUCUGGCGCCAUUUUGGUCGUCGACAUCAUCGCCACCCUGUUCUGUAUCUUCGGUUGGUUUGUUGGUGGCCAGACGUCCAUUGUCGCCGUCGUGCGUAUCUGGAUCUUCUCCUUUGGUGUCUUCUGCGUCAUGGGCGGUGUCUACUACCUCCUCCAGGGCAGCCAAGGCUUCGAUAACCUCAUGCACGGCAAGUCGAUCAGGAAGAAGGACCAGAAGCAGCGGUCCCUGGAAGACUUCGUUGUCUCAUUACAGCGUGUCUCUACCCAACACGAGAAGUCUGCAUAG